AAGAGAGCACUCCUUGGUGACCUAACAGCUUCCGACUCAUUUCAGCAGAGGUGUUUGGUAGUAGUUGUCACAUGUUUUCCAGGACUAAAAAUCUAAGACUUCAGAGGAAACAUCUGGUUGCUAAUAUAGCCAUUGCCUGAAUUUACCAUAACCAGACUACUACAUUAGCUCUGAAUUGUGCCUGGAACACAUAAUAUGGAGCAAACAAACAUGUACUGAAUGAGAGAUUGGAUUCACUUAACACCAACUCAAAUGAAACUUCAUUGUGAGACACUAUGAAUUGAAGCAAUAAAUCGAAAAGAAAUAGUGUGGCAUCUUCUUGCAAGAACAAAAUUAAUAGAUGUGCAUUGUGAACUCAAGUUAAUUUGAAAAGUGAGAAGAUGACUGCAUUAAUAGCCAGUGGAUGUGGAUUCUUUGGACCACAAUGGCCAUUUGAUGAUAUCCCAAAGGCAGUCACAAGGAAAGUUAAAGGAGGAAAUAUUGACGUACAUCCAUCAGAAAAAGCACUCAUUGUUCAGUAUGAAGUGGAAGCUACCAUUCUUGGAGAAAUGGGUGAUCCCAUGUUGGGAGAACGAAAGGAAUGCCAAAAGAUCAUCCGUCUUAAGAGUCUCAAUGCCAACACAGAUAUAACUUCCCUGGCACGGAAGGUGGUUGAAGAAUGUAAACUUAUUCAUCCCUCGAAGUUAAAUGAGGUGGAGCAGCUGUUGUACUAUCUACAGAAUCGCCGUGACUCGUUGUCAGGAAAAGAAAAAAAGGAAAAAUCAAGCAAGCCUAAAGAUCCACCUCCUUUUGAAGGAAUGGAGAUUGAUGAAGUUGCUAACAUUAAUGACAUGGAUGAAUACAUUGAGUUAUUGUAUGAAGAUAUUCCUGACAAAGUUCGGGGUUCUGCUUUGAUCCUGCAGCUUGCUCGAAAUCCUGAUAACUUGGAAGAACUACUACUGAAUGAAACUGCCCUUGGUGCAUUAGCAAGAGUCCUAAGAGAAGACUGGAAACAAAGUGUUGAGUUAGCUACAAAUAUAAUUUACAUCUUUUUUUGCUUUUCGAGCUUUUCUCAGUUUCAUGGACUUAUCACUCAUUAUAAAAUUGGAGCUCUCUGUAUGAAUAUUAUUGAUCAUGAAUUAAAAAGACAUGAGCUGUGGCAAGAAGAACUCUCUAAGAAGAAGAAGGCUGUUGAUGAAGACCCUGAAAACCAAACCUUGAGAAAAGAUUAUGAAAAAACCUUUAAAAAAUACCAGGGGCUUGUGGUAAAACAGGAACAACUCUUACGAGUUGCUCUUUAUUUGCUUCUGAAUCUUGCUGAAGACACACGUACAGAACUGAAGAUGAGGAACAAGAACAUAGUUCACAUGCUGGUGAAGGCUCUUGAUCGGGACAAUUUUGAGCUGCUUAUUCUAGUCGUGUCAUUCUUGAAGAAACUCAGCAUUUUUAUGGAGAAUAAAAAUGAUAUGGUGGAAAUGGAUAUUGUUGAAAAACUGGUAAAAAUGAUACCUUGUGAACACGAAGAUCUGCUGAAUAUCACCCUCCGGCUUUUACUGAACUUAUCCUUUGACACAGGACUGAGGAAUAAGAUGGUACAAGUUGGGCUGCUUCCCAAACUCACUGCACUCCUAGGUAAUGAAAACUACAAACAAAUAGCAAUGUGUGUUCUUUAUCACAUAAGCAUGGAUGACCGCUUUAAAUCAAUGUUUGCGUACACUGACUGUAUACCACAGUUAAUGAAGAUGCUGUUUGAAUGUUCAGAUGAACGAAUUGACUUGGAACUCAUUUCCUUCUGCAUUAAUCUUGCUGCUAACAAAAGGAAUGUUCAGCUUAUCUGUGAAGGAAAUGGUCUGAAGAUGCUCAUGAAGAGGGCUCUGAAGUUCAAGGAUCCGUUGCUGAUGAAAAUGAUUAGGAAUAUUUCCCAACAUGAUGGACCAACUAAAAAUUUAUUUAUUGAUUAUGUUGGGGACCUUGCAGCCCAGAUCUCUAAUGACGAGGAAGAGGAGUUUGUGAUUGAAUGUUUGGGAACUCUUGCAAAUUUGACCAUUCCAGACUUAGACUGGGAAUUGGUUCUUAAGGAGUACAAGUUAGUUCCGUAUCUCAAGGAUAAACUAAAACCAGGUGCUGCAGAAGAUGACCUCGUCUUAGAAGUGGUCAUAAUGAUCGGAACUGUGUCUAUGGAUGACUCUUGUGCUGCGCUGCUAGCCAAAUCUGGGAUAAUCCCUGCACUCAUCGAAUUGCUAAAUGCUCAACAAGAAGAUGAUGAAUUUGUAUGUCAGAUAAUUUACGUCUUCUACCAGAUGGUUUUCCACCAAGCCACGAGAGAUGUCAUAAUCAAGGAAACGCAGGCUCCAGCAUAUCUCAUAGAUCUGAUGCAUGAUAAAAAUAAUGAAAUCCGAAAGGUCUGUGAUAAUACAUUAGAUAUUAUAGCGGAAUAUGAUGAAGAAUGGGCUAAGAAAAUUCAGAGUGAAAAGUUUCGCUGGCAUAACUCCCAGUGGCUGGAGAUGGUAGAGAGCCGCCAGCUGGAUGAGAGUGAGCAGUACUUGUACGGAGAUGAUCGCAUUGAGCCGUACAUCCAUGAAGGGGACAUUCUUGAAAGACCUGACCUCUUCUACAACUCAGAUGGAUUAAUUGCCUCUGAAGGAGCCAUAAGUCCAGACUUCUUCAAUGAUUAUCACCUUCAAAAUGGAGAUGUAGUUGGGCAGCAUUCAUUUCCUGGCAGGUCUUUUCCAGCCAAAAACAAAGCACCUCAUUUUGGCCUGUCAGAAAUUAAAAGGCAAUACAGUCUUAAAAAAAGAAUCCAAAUUUGUGUGGACAGUAUCAAGUGGCUAAUUUAGAGCCCCUCAAAUGUGAAAGGAUGGGAGGAGGCCUCUAUGAACAUAGCUAGGCAAGUAAAUUUUUAAAUCGCAACUGUAGACUAAAUAUUACAUCUUUUCAAAUUGAUACAAGAAACCCCAUAAGACUUCAUUUACGUGGGUGUUCAAACAUCAUGCUAAGAUCUUUUUUGGAGUGGUAAAAGACUAGGAAUUCUUUAAAGUCUCAAAAGGUUUUUUUUAAAGUUUUCCAGGUUCUAAGGGCUUUGUAAAUACUGGACUUUUGUAAUUUAGCUUGUUCUGUGGAUAUACUAAGGCAAGAAAAGAAAUUAUUACAAUUUCUUACAGUUGCAUCUUGCCUUUUUCCCCUAAAAUCUUGAGGUGGGGGGUGUUGUUUGCCAUAAGCAAGUGGACACCAUAGUGAUUUUAAGUAAGUCAACUUGUAAUCUUCCCAUGUCGUGCAUACUUGAAAAAACUAACAUAGGUAUACCUAUAUGCUAGCUUGAAAUACUGCCUAAAAACCCAUACUGCCUAUAAUUUCAAAAAUGUAUGGUUGGUGCAUUCCCAUCUCCCUGAAGAUUUCUGCUGCUCGUUGCCCAGCUUCAUUUAUAAGUCCCAGAUUGUCAGGUUGGCACAACCCCAAGAUAACAAACAUCACAGAAUGAAAAUAGCCUGUCCUAAACACAUGCAUGACCUGUGCCCUUUUCAAACAGCAGUAAACCUGAGUACAGAAACGUGUGCACUUUGGGAAGUGACGAUUUGUGUGGAAUCACUAAAAACCUUAUCUUUGAUUUACUACUUUCAAAAUAAACUCACUGAAUAUAAAAUAAGGUAAAGAAGCAUGUAAAGAGAUAGUCCCGGUAUUUUUCAUCCCAACAUGUGUUGUAUCAUUUGCAUCAAUCAUGAUAUAGAAUCUGGAGGGUUUUGCUUGAGUAACCUUAUUUAUACAAGCAGUCUAGUCUCACUAUGGUUAAAGGAAGGUAUGAUUGGCCAUGGCAUUAUUUUAGUGCAAUAACAAUUAGUUGCCUACGUGUAGGCAUAAAUCUCUAUGAAUUAUGUAACAGCCCCAUAAAAGCAAACAGAAAGCAUGUGUAAGAAGCAUGCCACAUAUGAUAGAGUAUCUCCUAACUGUCUGGAUUUUAUGGCAGGAGCAGCCAGAAUUUCGUAAGUAUUUUUAGGGAAAGCGCUAUCAUUUUCAUAUGUCAUAAUAAUAACAACACCAAAUAUAUAGGAGUCUCUGUACUGUUUUGUACUGUUCUUGUAAGAGACUUGGAAGUAUAAUAAUCUCAAGGCAGAUGUUAAAAGGGACAGCCGUUAUUCUUAUUUUACAAAAAAAAAAAAUUACGACAGUUACAAAUAUGGACUGUAACAAAUUUUAUCAUUAGAAGCAGAAAUCAUAUCCAGAUAUUCUGGUUUUGAGGUCAUUGCACUCCACUCACUUUAAUAAAAUUCAAGAGUUGUUGAUAAGUUCAUACUUAAGUUAGUCUUGCUAAUAAACAUAAUUCCCAGUUCUUAAAUUAUGGGAGAAAAAAUGUCCAUGUGUGUCAGUAAUAGAGAAAAAAAGUAUGUUGUUUUCUUAUAUUGCUUUAAAAAUAACUUUAAAAUAUGGCAACAGGGUAUAAGAAAGGUAAAUGUUAGUAUCAUAUACUUAUACAUUCCAGUCUACACCGAAUUGGCAUGGUGUCAAUGCCACAUGUGCCCAAAGCGUAGUUGGACCCGUCCUGUGAAGAUGAUACAGAAAUACCUUGUCUCGCCAUCAACAGACCACAGUCUGAACAGAAUGACUUCAGUCAGUCCAUAUCUUGACAAUCUGAAAUUGGCCUUAGACAUAAGUAGAAAGUGAACUCAUUUUUGUUUUUGUUUUGCAGACCAAUGUAUUUUCAAGGACAGGAGAGCUUAUGAAAUUUAAGAGUAGAGAUUUACUUUAGGACCUGUUUGUGUAGUGAUAAAUGCAGUGUUGGCGUAUUCUACAGUAUACUGAGAUUUUUAAUGCUCUAGAGGAUGCUAAAUAACUAUGAAAUAUUUAUCUGACCUGUAGUGAUUACUGAAAUUAUUGAAUUAGUGGCUGGAAAUAUUUAUGUAACAUUGCCCAAAAUAGAUGUUUUAAAAUAUCAUAAUAAUGUAUGGCAAUGCAUCUUAGUGGUACAUUUAAUAUUAUAAAUAUUAUUUUGGAUCAAAUUUCCACAUUGUCAUGCUUAGCUACCUAAAACAAUGCACUUUCAGUUUAUUAAAAUAUAGUUUCUAUUAUCCAUACUUGUACCCUCAAUUUUAGAAAAAUGUCACUUGGUUUGAUUUUAGGUACCAAAAUAAGUCUCUACUUAUCAACCAGCAUUUGAUUUUUAUUAGCCUAAAAAUUAUUGAGACAAGUGAAUAAGUAGACUAUGACAUAAAUUGGAAAGGUUACAUUAAGCUUCUUAUAUUCAAUAAGAUUUUUCAGAUUUUUUUUUAUAACAAACACUUGUCCACCUCUUGUGUAAAGUAGUAAAAGAAAGUGAAAGGUUUUUUUUUGAAAGUGAAAGGUUUUAAAACUAUAUGAAAAUAUCCUCAUACUGUACUACUAAUUUAAGGAUUUGGAGACAAGGUUUUAGCAGAAGCUUAAUGUUAAUUUUUCAUUUCUGAGAGAGGGGCAUAUAGCAUGCAUCCUAGAUAGCCAUAUUUACUCUGUGUCCAUAUGUCAGAUUUCUGUUUCAUGAAGAAAGAUGGGGAAUUGGCAAUAGUCCAUUUUGCACAGUACCUGUGAUAAUUUUAGGUUCUCUUCCAUCUCUUGAACUUGUUCAUUUUGGUAAUACAUUAUCACUUUAAGACUCUGAAUGGUGCUUAAAUUAUAGCAACUGAGGGGCAUUUAUAUUGGACUGAAAAGUUUUUAGUACUAGUAUUAACUUUUGAAUUAUGCUCAAGGUCUUAGACUUUGCAGCAUGUUUAGUUUCUUUUCAUUUCUUAUUAGUAUUUUUCAGUACUUAAUAGUCUCCUGCUCCCACCUCCAACAAGAACUUCUCUCUGUUCAACAUCAGAAACAUUUUCCUAUUUGGCAUGUGCUUUCUAGUUCCCCAAGCAGUAUAAGCAAAUUGGAAAGUUCAGCUGUCAUUCUUGGAAGGUCAUAGAUCGCACUAGCAGCCUGAGUAAUCCAGGAGGUUUUAAGUAUCAUAGCAUUUAGUUUAAAGUGAAAUUUGCUCUGACAGGGCUGGCAGACCAAUAGGAAAAAGAAAUAUUUGUGCUUGGAGAAGUGCAUAUGUAGAGACCAGGAGUAUAACUGAUGGCUGGAAGUGAUUUCAGUCUAAAAAAACAAAUCAUUAAGAGAGUGCAUAGGGGUAAAAUACACAGUUCAUAUUUUAAAGAGUCUCAAAAUGAACCAGCAACUAAGGUUAGCAUUACAUAGUAAUUAGCUGUGGUGUUCAGGCUUUAACUCACUCAGUACCAGGCAGUCUGGUUAAACGAUCACUGUGAAAACAUUGCUACUUAUGUUAUAUUCUCUUCUUUAAGCCUACAGCCGUAAUUUUUGUACCUUAAAAAACCAAGGUAUUAUGACAGAUUAUAUAAAUGUUGAGCUAGUAACAGACAAACAAUUAUUCAAAGGAGGUGCUAAUGACUCAGUUUAUUGACCUAGGGGUUACUUAAGCAGCUCAGUAAGUUUCCUUAACAUUUGGUGGUAUGGAAUGAGGCAUUGCUUGAUAUUAUAGAACUGCCAAUUUCAAGAAGUCCUUGGACUUAACUGAAGAAAUGUAAGUUAAAGAUGACUAGAAGGUAUAUUUUCAUUAAAAGAUUAUUAAGGAAAGUUUGAGACCAUUAUAGGUUUGAAUAAAUAUCACUUCGGCUUGAUAAUCACAUCUGACAGCUUCCAUUAGGCACCUAUCAGAGUAUUUUUUUGGUUUAUUGCUACAAAUAAGGAAAAAGAAAAUAUCUUCUCAUGGCUCCAAUUAUUUCUUUCAAGUCAUUGUUCUUCUCAAGCAAGCCAGUUCUGAGUACCAGAAUACAGGGUUGAAACAUUCUUUUCUUGAAUGUGCAGAGCAGAAUAAUAAGACUGAAAUGGAAAGGACUUCCAGCAAGAUGGUAAACUGAGCUGACUUAGAAGGUCCUCCCCAUGUAGACAUAUAGAAAAGAUGGAUAAAAUGUAACAAAAAAUUCAUAAUUCAUGACCAGAUUCACAAAGAUAAGAAAUGUACCCAGUCUCUCUCUCUCUCUCUCUUUCUCUCUCUCACACACACACACCCACAAUAACCACCCACAAGAAUAUAUUGAACUAAGUAUAGGUUAUAUACUGUAGGAGAAUGAAACUAAAUUCCAUAUAUAAAGCCUGGAACUUCAGUGGACUGCCUUUUUUUCGUCAUCUGAAAAAAGGACUAGAUAAUCUUAAUUCACCAGCCUAGAAAAGUGACCAAAACUUAUCUUUGGCUCCAAGGCCCUAGGUUAGGAGGAUAGUCAUCCAAGGGAAAGAGAAAUCAUAAGCUUUCUCCGUGUGCAUGAGUGGGUUCAGAAUUUAUGUUAUUCAUCUAAUUCAGGGAACCCCAAACCAAGAAAUUGUCAUUAAAAUUGUUCCAGGACAAUGGAAUCCCCAGGGUCUUGAUAUAUUAUAAACAAAUACAGAACCUGUCUGUAGAAAUAUUUUCCAUGUUCAAGGGCCAACAGACAGGCAAAAAUAAUGAGUUAAAAACAAAAAAAAACCCAAAAC